AAAUAUAGGUGGAAGUUACAGAGAAUCAGUAGAUGAUGAAUAUCAACUAUAGAAACAGCCAGUGAGAGCGCAUUAGAGACGAUCAUGUGUCGUGUGAUGCAGUGAGAUCGCCGUCUGGUCUUCAGAGGGUUAAAUUUCACUUUGAGGGGGAGUUACCGAAUCUGCAGUAACAUCAGAGCACAUUCCUCAGAGCUGCCAACAUCCCGGGAAUAAGACCUUCACCGUCAACAUCUCAGACCCAUAUCCCGGGAAUAUACCUACUGCACGACCGGACGCGCGUCGACUCUGUUGUCAAGCCGCGUUUUCUCUGCCGGUUCGGAGCACGCGAGCUCCAGGAUCCGCUCAAUGUCUUAACGUAGUGCGGCACAGCUGAGCAUGGUCCACUGCUGAGUUAAGCUGUGGUGCACACACUGCAGAGAGGAGAGCAAGAGUGCUUCAACUGAUCCUGUCUUCACACUUGUUUUGCACGAGGCUGGCCUCCAAACAUGUCUGCAGAAGUGGAAUCCAGCACACCCCCGGUCGAGCAGGCACCUUUCAAGACACCCUCCAAAAAAGAAAAGAAAAAGGCUGCAGAGAAAAGCCCAGAGAAAACAGAUGAGUUCCUCCUUGCCAGGUUCCAAGGUAAUGGAGUUCGCUACAAAGCCAAGUUGAUUGGUGUAGAUGAUGUGCCUGAAGCAAGAGGAGACAAAAUGAGCCAAGACUCCAUGAUGAAACUAAAGAGCAAGGCGGUGGCAGCUCGCUCUCAGGGCAAACACAAGCAGAGAGUCUGGGUGAACAUUUCUCUCUCAGGAAUCACUGUUACUGAUGAGAAAACAGGGGCAACAUUACUGGAGCACGCAGUAAAUAAGAUCUCCUUCAUCGCCCGGGAUGUCACUGACAACAGAGCGUUUGGCUAUGUGUGCGGUGCGGAAGGCCAGCACCAGUUCUUCGCCAUUAAAACUGCACAGCAGGCGGAGCCUCUUGUCAUUGACCUGAAGGAUCUUUUCCAGUUAAUCUUCAAUAUGAAGAAAAAAGAAGUUGAGGGUUCAAAGAAGGAUGAAAAUAAUAAAGCAAUGGAAAAUGGCAGUGAAGGUUCACACAAUGACAGAAAAGGCGUCGAACAGCUGGACUUGUUUGGAGACAUGUCGACCCCACCUGACUUAAACUCUCCCUCGGAGUCUCAGGACAUCCUGUUGAUGGAUUUGUCCACUGAGAUAGACAGCAAUCAGAACUGUGUAAAAGGAAACCCCUUCACCUCGUCUUCUGUCCCCAGAGCCCCAUCCAGCCUCUCGCCUGAGAACCCCUUCUCUUCUCAACACAGCUUCUUCCCCGCCCCUAUCCAUGACCCGUUCAGUGACGACCCAUUUUCCAAAAGUGCCGAUCAAUCAAUCAGAGACGACCCUGCCACAGCCAACCACAGCCCUAAUAACUUGUUUAAUGGUGGCCCUAAGAAUGGUGACUCUGACUACUUAGGCCAGCAGUUUGACCAACUCUCCAACAGGACAAUCAUCCAUGCUCUCAGUAAUGGCCAUUGGCCUUUAGAUGGCAGAGCUGCGGAAGCCACUAGCUGGACUCAGAAUACUGUCCCAGUUCAAGAGCAGAACGGGCAUGGGAAAGCAAAGCCUAAUCCGUUUGUGGGAGGUUCAGAGAAAAUGCAGCCGGUGCAGAAUGGAGUGAAACAUGAGAAUGGAGGCAUAGAGCCACCUGUCAAUCAAACCAAGGAUUCUGUCAUUAUAAGCCCACCACCACUCAACAUGAAAGCCGGGAGGGGCAGGAGGAGUGUAAAGUCCCCUUCCAAUGAAAAACCCGGACCGGAUCCAUUUGUUCCACCAAACCCAUCAGAAUCACCACCUCCUCAACCUGAGAACUGCCCUGUCACCUCUGUCAGUCUGUUCAGCAGGAGCCCUCCCUCCACUGACACGCUCGCAGCUCUCGGGUUGUCUCUUCAAGUCUCCACUCCUCUGUGGAAUCAGCCGCUCUCCUCCAUCUUCCCCUGCACCACCAAUGUCUCUCAGCCCUUCAAUCAAGCACCUGUCUUCUCCACUUCUCCUGCGCCUGCCUGGGGAAACAUUCCUGGGAGUUUUGGGAGUUUAACCGCUACCCAACAGCUUCCAUCAUGGGGCACCACGCAAGUCUCCAAUGGAUCCAAUGGGUCCUGGAGCCCUCAUUCAACCCUGGGGAACCCCUUCCAGAUGGGCAUAUUUCCACCCAGCCUUGUGCCCGACGGACAGCAGAGCUCCAGUCCCCCUCCACUGGUUCCACCUCGGGCAGUAGCCACCAAAGAAGCUCCUAAAGUGGACAGUAAUGCUUUUGUUGAUCUUGAUCCUCUGGGAGAAAAGGAGAAGAGGGAUAUCAAGGACAUGUUUAAGGAUUUCCAGAUGGCUAAGCCACCAAACGUUCCAAUGAGGAAAGUUGAACUAAAGAUUGGAGGCCCGAACCCAUUCGACAACUCCGUUGGAAAAAAUCUGUUUGGCACAUCUGUACCUGCAACUAGUGCACCUCCCAUAAAGACAGUGGGCUUAGAUCCUUUCAGAGACCCAUUUGGAAACCCAUUUGCAUGAUCUUGAUGACUUCAUAGGGUCCAAUUAUGGAUCAAACACAAAUCACUGAACAAGAAAUUAUGCAAAAUACAGUUCCAUCCCAGAUGUUUCAGCUUUAUAAUGCCGUGGUUAAGCAAAUGGAUACACAAUGACAACCGCUUUUCACAGAACACCAUUUUUAUGUAGCUUUCCCACUAAAGUGCAUCCUGUUCAAGAGCUGGUCUCUUAGCUCUGAUGUCACAGCCAAUGUCUUACAGCCAAAUGAAGCCUGUGCAACCCUUCUUGUUUUAUGAACCAUGAUCAUGGACAGGCUAAAAAUGAUCCAUCCAGUGCUGGUCUGCUGUUAAAACAUGUUUAUUGCAUUUUGUCUCUUAAUGACAACAUGAUGACAUUCGUUUGGUUUUCUGUACUAAUAGCACUUAAAAGCAAUUUUGUCAUUUUUGCAUCAGUAGACAAGUUAUUGUUGCCUUGUUUGAUCACUUUUUCUUCAUUGCAAUAUUAUAACAUUAUAUGUUUACUUCUCCACAUUUAUCAAGAGCUUUAGGGCACGACUGGUCACUAAUUUUAAGAAAAAAAUUUUUAUGAACUGGCAUAUGAACUGAACAAGAUGACCGAUUUUUUAAAUAUCCAAUUCAAGUUUGGACAUUAAAUGUCCAAUCACAAACUGUCAUGAUGGCCAGCAGAGAGACAGUGUAAAUAAUAUCUAUAGAGAUGCUCUGAUAUGUGCAAUCAACAUCAUACUGUACUGACCUGUUCAUUAUAAAAGAGCAACUGACUCUAAUCAACCUGUAUUUUCUUUGAUCUGUACUCAGUAUUCUGAUAUUCGUGAGGUGGUGAGCUUGCGAUAUUCACUAAUAUAUACAGUAUGUACUGUCAUCGUGUCAAAAGUUCUCUGUUUUUGUUUUGAUUUGACAUUGUAUUGAAUGAAUAAUCAAAAUUUCUACUGCUGGCAUGUUGUCAGCAGUUCUACAAAUAUAAACACCUUCAGAAAUAAUAUCUAUCCAUUGAAUAGGAGGAUGAUACUAUUUAAGCACAUUGUUACGGUAUGUGUGUAACAUGAUGACCCAGAAUGCUUCAGGUAAUACUUGACAAGAGCGUUUUGAUGUGUCUGAUUGAUCGAUAUUGUUUUACUACAAUGCUCUUUAUUUUUCCCUUUUGAUAGUUUGGGAUAUAAUCAUUUUCCACCAUGAUAUUGCAAGGUUUAAAAGAAAAAAACAGAAAUGCAUUUAUCUCAGUGGAUUAAUGGAUUAGCAAAAAAAAAAAAAAUUAUAUGUGUGUACUGUAGUGGAUGCUGAAGCCUUGUCAAAAUGAAUUAUGUGAAUUGUAUGUGUGUACAUAUAUAAAUAUCUGCUCUGUUAUGCACUAUGCCAUCUACCUUGGAUGCUAUAGAACUAAGGUGUUUUUAAAAAUGUAGUCGCUGCAAUAAACUGGAAUUUUAGUUAGUGGAAUAGAUUCAGAAUGGUCCUAUUUAUCUUUUGCAAAGUUUGUAUUCAAGUCUGUAUAAGACCAGUUGGGUCUACUUCACAAUAAAGUGAUGACUGGCUGAAUGAUA